GGACGGGGUGAAAUGGCAGCCUCUUCCUCAUCCUCUUCAGCUGGCGGAGUCAGCGGCAGCUCUGUAACAGGAUCGGGGUUCAGUGUUUCGGACCUGCCAUCGCCCCGAAAAGCCCUCUUCACUUACCCCAAAGGAGCUGGGGAGGUGCUGGAAGAUGGCUCCGAAAGAUUCCUUUGUGAAUCUGUCUUCAGCUAUCAGGUUGCGUCUACAUUAAAGCAAGUGAAACACGAUCAGCAAGUCGCACGGAUGGAAAAACUAGCCGGUCUGGUGGAAGAGCUGGAGGCAGAUGAGUGGAGGUACAAGCCAAUAGAGCAGCUCCUGGGAUUCACUCCCUCCUCGGGCUGAGCAUGUCUGGAUCACUGCUGUCAAGGAGCAGAAGAAAAACAUUCUCUGGCUUGGCUUCAAAACACACCCCCAUUUAUCAGGAUGCUGACAGCUGCAUCGGCAGGACUCGGCUUUUGUUUUUGGUGAGAGUGGGGAUCCCCCAUAAAGCUGCCAAUAAAUGGAAAUGA